AAAAAUCCCGCUUAAUCUAUAAUAUGUCACCCGUCAAACUGAUAUAUGACAAGUAACAUUUGCCGCCAUUUUUAGCCGUAAAUUCACUUGUCUGUGGUUGUCCCUUGGAUUUUUGUUUGUUUUUUUAAAUUUUUAGUAAAUAUCCGUGUUUACUAGCAAAAAAGGCACUAUGGGGCCCAGAUUAAAAUACAUCGAAGUGGAAAAUUUUAAAUCUUACAAGGGACGCCGUAUUAUCGGACCAUUGAAAGCGUUUAAUGCUGUUAUUGGACCUAACGGAUCAGGCAAAUCAAACUUUAUGGAUGCCAUAAGUUUCGUAAUGGGAGAGAAAACCAACAGUCUGAGAGUAAAAAGGUUAAGUGAUCUUAUUCAUGGAGCGGCUAUCAAUAAACCAGUAUCGAGAAGUGCUUCAGUGACAGCUGUUUUCUCUAUGGGAGAAGGUACCAAUGAAGAAAUAUCGUUUCAAAGGUCCGUCCACGGAUCCACUUCGGAAUGUAAGGUCAAUGGCAAUAUUGUCACUGCAAGUGAGUACGCUGCAGAGCUAGAAAAGUUAAAAAUCAACGUCAAAGGCAAGAACUUCCUGGUUUUCCAAGGGGCAGUCGAAUCGAUUGCCAUGAAAAACCCUAAAGAAAUGACCGCCCUGUUUGAGGAAAUCAGCGGGUCAGGAGGCUUAAAAGAAGAAUACGAGAAACUGAAGCAACAAAUGCACAAGGCCCAGGAAGAAAUCAACUUUGCCCUGCAAAAAAAGAAGGGCUACAAUGCGGAGCGUAAGGAGGCAAAAAUGGAGAAGGAGGAGGCAGACAAAUAUGCCAGGUUCAAGGAUGAUUUGAAUGAAAAAUUGGUGGAGCAUCAGCUGUUCAGGCUUUACCACAACGAACGGGCCGUUAAAAUCCGUGAGCAAGAACUGAAGAGCAAACAAAAAGAACUGGAAAAGGUCGAGAAGAAGAAGGAUAAAGUGGAGGAGGUGCUUAAGGAGAAAAAAAAGGAACACGGGAAAUUGAACAGAGAAUUGGCGAAAAUUGAACAAGAUAUAAGGGAAGCGGAAGCAGAAUUAUCCAAGAAAAAACCGAUGUUCAUAAAAGCCAAAGAGAAAGUGACUCAUUUCCAGAAAAAGGUGGAUGGGGCCCAUAAAACCCUCGAUCAAGCGAAAAAGGCGCACGAAGCCCAUAUGAACGACAUCAGAAAACUGGAAGAAGAACUCGCCGAGGUGGAAAAGGCUAAGAGUGAGUGGGAAGAACAGAUUGCCGGAGAGUCACAGAGUCAGGGCCGAGAUGUACAUUUAGAAGACGCCCAAGUGCGGGAAUAUCAUCGGUUAAAAGAAGAGGCGGCUAAACGUUCCGCACGGUACAUGCAAGAACUGGACUCGGUAAACAGAGAACAAAAAUCGGACCAGGACAGGUUGGACCAUUUGUGUCGUUUACGGAGCGACGCGGAAAACAAAUAUUCGCAAAAGUGUCGCGAAAAGGAAGAGAUGGAGAAACGAAUCGAGAAAAUCGCCGAACAUAUCCGCACUAGCGAACAGGCGCUGCAAGACCAAAACAAGCUGCUUAAAUCCCUACAGUCCGACGUGGGGUCCUCGAAGAAUAAAGUGCACGAGGUGCAGAAACAGUUGGAGGACGUGCAGGAGCAGUUGGGAGACGCCCGGACCGAUAAACACGAGGAUACCAGAAGGAAGAAGAAGCAGGAGAUCGUGGAUAGGUUUAAGGCCAAUUAUCCCGGAGUGUUCGACCGUAUGAUCAACAUGUGCCAUCCGAUCCAUAAAAGGUACAACGUAGCCAUCACCAAAGUACUGGGAAAGUAUAUGGAGGCCAUUGUCGUUGAUACCGAACACACCGGUCGUCAGUGCAUCAAAUACUUAAAAGAACAAAUGCUGGAUCCCGAAACGUUCUUACCGUUGACUUACCUCCAAACCAAACCGGUUAAAGAACGUCUAAGGGACAUUAAGCAUCCUAAGGGGGUGAAACUCGUUUACGACGUCCUCCAAUUCGAACCGCCGGACAUCGCAAAUGCCGUGAUGUUCGCCACAAAUAACGCUUUAGUGUGCGAAACCCCCGAGGAUGCGAACUUGGUGGCAUACGAAAUAGGCGGAAGAAACGACGCGGUCGCUUUGGACGGUACGUAUUACCAAAAAUCGGGCAUAAUAUCCGGCGGUAGUAUGGAUUUGGCUCGUAAAGCGAAACGUUGGGACGAGAAACACGUGGCCCAAUUAAAAGCCCAAAAAGAGAAACUGGCCGAGGAGUUGAGAGAGGCCCAAAAGAAGUCGAGAAAAGAAUCCGAGAUGAACACGGUCGCGUCGCAGAUUCGCGGUCUGGAAACCCGUUUGAAAUAUGCCAGGGGCGAUAUGGAGACUACGGAGAGACAAAUCAGUUCGGUCAAUAAAGAAAUCGCCACCCUCGAAGAGGAAAUGAAGAAAUACAGUCCGGAAAUCGAGAGUAUCGAGCGCGGUAUGCAGAAACGCGAGCAACAAAUCGAAGAGAUCAAACUGAGGAUGAACACCGUCGAGGACGACGUGUUCGCGGACUUUUGUAACGAAAUCGGGGUUCGUAACAUAAGACAAUACGAAGACCGCGAGCUCAGAGCCCAAGAAGAACGCAAACAGAAACGUCUAGAGUUCCAAAAACAAAUCAACCGCAUCACGAGCAACUUAGAGUUCGAACGUAGUCGCGACACCCAAAGUAACGUGAGCAGAUGGGAGAGGACCGUAAAUGACGAGGAAGAAAAACUGGAAACCGCGAAGAAACAGGAAGCGAAACAACGGGACGAGAUCGACAAAGAGUUGAAACACAUCGAGGAGCUGCGCUCGGUAAAAUUGUCGAAGAAAAAGGAGGUCGACGAAAUGGAGGAGGAAUUGGGUAAGGCACGGAGGGAAGUGGGCACCAUCAACAAAGACGUGCAGGCGAUCCAAAAGUCGAUCGUUUCGAUCGAAUCGAAAAUCGAGGGUUUGAAAAGUGAUCGGCACGCGAUUUUGUUGCAUUGCAAAAUGGAGGAUAUCGAAUUGCCGAUGGUGGUGGGCAACAUGGAGGAUAUCGAUGCCGGCGAGGGAUCCCAACAAACGUCCGAUACCAGUGCCUCGUCCGCUCAACAAUAUGAAAGAGAAGCCAGGAUCCAAAUCGACUAUGACGCCCUCUCCGACGACCUAAAGGACCUCGAGGAAAAGGACGAGAUCAAAAAGCGAGAGAAUAAACUGCUGAAAGCGAUCAAUUCGCUACAAGACACCCUGCAAAAAAUCCAGGCGCCCAAUAUGAAAGCGCUGGAAAAACUGGAACAGGCCCAAGGGAAACUGCAAUCGACCAACGAGGAGUUCGAAAACUUACGGAAGCAGAACCGGAAAGCGAAACAGGCAUUUGAAAAGAUCAAAUUGCAACGGUACGAGAAGUUUUCCGCUUGUUUCGAUCACGUAUCGAAUGAGAUCGACGGGAUUUAUAAGGCGUUGGCGCAGAAUCAGGGAGCGCAAGCGUUUUUAGGUGCUGAAAACCCGGAAGAACCCUAUCUGGACGGCAUCAACUAUAACUGCGUCGCUCCGGGCAAACGGUUCCAGCCGAUGAUGAAUUUAUCCGGUGGAGAAAAGACGAUUGCCGCCCUCGCACUCUUGUUCGCGAUCCACAGCUACCAACCGGCCCCGUUUUUCGUGUUGGACGAGGUGGACGCCGCCCUGGACAACACCAACAUCGGCAAAGUGGCCAAAUUUAUCAUCGAAAAAACGGAAUCUUUGCAAAUAAUCGUGAUUUCGUUAAAAGAGGAGUUUUACUCUCACGCUGACGCUUUGAUUGGGAUUUGUCCGCAGCCCGGAGAGUGUUUAAACAGUCAAGUAUUAUCCAUGGACCUGAGUGCUUACGAAAUAAAUUAAUUAUUAUAUUUAUUUAGUAUAAAUGUUCUGGUUAAAUCAAGUUUUAAUAUGUAACUAAGAGGGUAGCUUAAGUUGUAAAAGUUGUAUUUUAUUCACUUCUAGUUUGUUUAGUGACGUUAGUUUAUUCUGGUAAUAUACUAAGUUUUUUUUUAUUUGUA